AUGACAAUCCCAAAAAACCCCACAACUCAAAAUCCAAAUCUUGAUGGACCCCACAUCUCAAGAACCAAUGUUGAUGUUGAAACAGCUCAAAAAAAGAUCAAAUCUUUAGAAAUACCAAUUACAAAAGUUUUGAAGUUAUCCAAGUUGAAAGCUGAAUAUAAUUCUUUUGAGGCUAAAAGGGAUUUGUAUGAGUCAUAUGAACUGUUUUUAGCUGAUAAAACAGUGGCUAAUUUGCUUCGUGGUUUAUUAGGGAAGCAAUUUUAUAAAAAGAAAAGGAAAGUACCUGUGCCUGUUGAUUUAAGAGGGAAUAGUAAUUGGAAAGAGGAGAUAGAAAGAGCGUUUUCGUCGACUUUGUUGUGUUUAGGGAAUGGGACUUGUAGUGUUUUGAAAGUUGGGAGAAAUGGGAUGGAAAGUGGUGAAGUUAUGGAGAAUGUUUUAGCUGCUAUUGAUGGUGUUGUUGAAUUUGUUCCAAAAAAAUUGAGUGGUGUUAGAGCUUUUCAUUUGAAGUUUUCGGAUUCAUUAGCAUUGCCUAUUUAUGAAAGCUUUGCCUGA